UCGGUGCUGAUAAAAUUUUUACUGGGGCGACUAUCACAGUUGUCAGUUGAAGGUCGAAAAUCUCUCCGUAGAUUCGUGGUAAGUUGAGAAGAUCUCCUUCUCUUCGAGUCCGUUUUCUUGUCCAGUUUUCUCCGUGUCUGACGUGGCUGUAGCACCAAGUGCAAAAUGAUUUUCCCUGCGGCAAGAGUAGCUCUGCGGCAGGCAGCCCGUGGUUUCUCCACAACAUCUCAGAACAAUGCAAAAGUGGCUGUUUGUGGAGCUGCCGGUGGUAUUGGGCAGCCUCUUUCGCUGCUUCUGAAGCAGAGCCCCCUUGUCACGGAACUCAGGCUCUAUGAUAUUGUUCACACUCCCGGUGUUGCUGCUGACUUGUCCCACAUCGAUACUAAUUCGAAGGUUGUGGGCAAGAGUGGCCCCGAAAAUCUGGAGGAAAUGCUGGCAGGAGUCGACGUUGUGGUCAUCCCAGCGGGAGUUCCGCGCAAACCGGGCAUGACACGCGAUGAUUUGUUCAACACCAAUGCAGGAAUUGUUAGGGACCUGGCAACAGCAGCUUCCAAAGUAUGCCCUAAGGCAUGUCUUGCCAUCAUUACCAAUCCCGUGAACUCCGCUGUACCCAUUGCCACGGAGGUGCUCAAGAAGGCCGGAACAUACGAUCCUAAGCGUGUCUUUGGUGUAUCCACGCUCGAUAUUGUUCGCGCUCGCGCCUUUAUUGGCGAAGCAGCUGGUGUUGAUCCACAGAAAGUUGAAAUUCCCGUCAUUGGUGGCCACUCUGGAGUUACCAUUAUUCCAGUUCUGUCAGCUGUAAAGCCCUCAGUUUCUUUCCCAAAGGACAAGAUCGAUGCACUAACCGUGCGAAUCCAGGAAGCUGGUACUGAAGUUGUCAAAGCCAAAGCAGGAGCUGGUUCCGCAACACUAUCCAUGGCGUACGCUGGUGCCCGAUUUGCUUUGUCACUCAUCCGGGGACUCAAUGGAGAGCAGAAUGUUGUUGAAUGCUCCUACGUGCGAUCAGACGUCACGGAGGCCAAGUACUUCUCUACACCCCUUGUGCUGGGACGUAAUGGUAUUGAGAAGAAUUUGGGAUUGCCCAAGCUCAAUGAUUAUGAAAAGAAGCUGCUUGAGAAGGCCAUCCCUGAGCUCCAUGCCAACAUUAAGAAGGGCGAGGAUUUUGUUAAAUAAAUUUCUCCUAGUACUUUUGAUACGCUCUGCUAAAGGACAAGUAACGUUCUCAAAAAAAUAUCCUUUCUCCUUUAAAUCCCAUGAAGUUUUUUUUUCAGAAUUUUCUUUGUUAAUUAAUGUUAAGUUCAUUUUGAUUUAAGGUGCAAAAAUGUCCCGUGAGAUGAAAUAAUAAACAUGAGACGAGAUGAAACGACAAAAA